AUGGAUCGGAUUCUAGCCAUCGAGAUCGAGCAGGGAGAUCGUGAAAUUGUCAAGUUGGUUCCCUGCGAGUGGCCCAAUUUUCGGCAGUGCCAAAUCGUGACCGGCGGGGCGGUUCAACGACACGGAAUCCGGGACACCGUGGGACGUCCCGAAUGUGGCGUCGCGAAAUUGCCGCCGAGAAGGAAGUCCAGAUUGGGAGCAAGUGGACGCAAUAACCUAGAUUGUGCUGGAGUGGCGGCCGAGCGCUCGGCGAUAUUUAUAACGGUAGCCGAAUUGAUACAAUUGACAUUUAGUACAAUAGCU